CGGUCCCUGCUGACCCCGCGUCUCCCCGCAGCCCGCCGCCGCCAUGCCUUUCUCCAACAGCCACAACGCGCUGAAGCUGCGCUUCCCCGCCGAGGACGAGUUCCCGGACCUGAGCGCCCACAACAACCACAUGGCCAAGGUGCUGACCCCCGAGCUGUACGCGGAGCUGCGCGCCAAGAGCACGCCGAGCGGCUUCACGCUGGACGACGUCAUCCAGACAGGCGUGGACAACCCGGGCCACCCGUACAUCAUGACCGUGGGCUGCGUGGCGGGCGACGAGGAGUCCUACGACGUGUUCAAGGAUCUCUUCGACCCCAUCAUCGAGGACCGGCACGGCGGCUACAAGCCCAGCGAUGAGCACAAGACCGACCUCAACCCCGACAACCUGCAGGUGCGGGGCGGCGGGCGGGACCAGCCCUCCCGCAGGCACAAUGACAAUAAGACCUUCCUGGUGUGGGUCAACGAGGAGGACCACCUGCGGGUCAUCUCCAUGCAGAAGGGGGGCAACAUGAAGGAGGUGUUCACCCGGUUCUGCACCGGCCUCACCCAGAUUGAAACUCUCUUCAAGUCUAAGAACUAUGAGUUCAUGUGGAACCCUCACCUGGGCUACAUCCUCACCUGCCCAUCCAACCUGGGCACAGGGCUUCGGGCAGGAGUGCACAUCAAGCUGCCCCACCUGGGCAAGCAUGAGAAGUUCUCCGAGGUGCUUAAGCGGCUACGACUUCAGAAGCGAGGCACAGGCGGUGUGGACACGGCUGCGGUGGGCGGGGUCUUCGACGUCUCCAACGCUGACCGCCUGGGCUUCUCGGAGGUGGAGCUGGUGCAGAUGGUGGUGGACGGAGUGAAGCUGCUCAUCGAGAUGGAGCAGCGGCUGGAGCAGGGCCAGGCCAUCGACGACCUCAUGCCUGCCCAGAAGUGAAGCCUGGCCCACACCCGACACCAGCCCUGCUGCUUCCUAACUUAUUGCCUGGGCAGUGCCCACCAUGCACCCCUGAUGUUCGCCGCCUGGCGAGCCCUUAGCCUUGCUGUAGAGACUUCGUCACCCUUGGUAGAGUUUAUUUUUUUGAUGGCUAAGAUACUGCUGAUGCUGAAAUAAACUAGGGUUUUGGCCUGCCUG